AUGAAGACAAUUUUAGAUCUUCCAGAGGAUUUGGUAGAGGAUGAGAUAAUCUCUAGGCUGCCGAUGACAUCUCUGAGAACAGUGCGAUCUACCUGCAGAAAGUGGAACACUGAAUGUAAAAAUAGGAUUCUUUUUGGUAAAGAAGCAGCAGCAAAGAAGCAGUUCAUGAUGAUGGAUUCGAGGAGGAUUUGUUUAAUGAACUUGGAUUUGCCCAAAGACAAUGGCGACCCAUCUGUAGAACAAGUACUUGAUCAGAUCCAGAUCUCUAAGGUGUUUCAGUGUGAUGGCUUGUUGCUAUGCUUCCUUAUGGAUUGCUCUAGGCUCUUGGUAUGGAAUCCAUACUUAGGGCAAACGAGGUGGAUCGAACCCAGACAUAGUUUCCAACAUGGAGACAGCUUUGCUCUCGGAUACAACAACAAUCUUAACCACAAGAUCCUGAGAUUCUCCAAUGAGGUUCAUCCAAUUACAAAGAGCUUUGGACCGCUUCUGCCACUGCCUCCGUUUCAUUCUUACCAUGGAUUACAUUUCACGUCUUUCUCGUGUGUUAGACAAGACAAGCUCGCUGUGUUGCAUCAACACUGGGAGUUAUGUCGGACAAUCCAGAUUAGUCUUACGGAUAAGAUUGGUCCUAAUGUUGUGUCUUGGACAAAGUUUUUGAACGUGGUGUUGGAGUAA